AUGAGGGUGGCGGUGACGGGCGCGACGGGGUUCAUGGGCGGCCGCCUGUGCGCGGCGCUGGCCGACGCCGGCCACGACGUGCGCGCCUUCGCGCUCCCGGGCGUCGACGUCUCCGCCCUCCCCCCAGCCGUCGAGGUGGCCUACGGCGACGUCACCAACGAGGAGUCGCUCGCCGCCGCCUUCAGCGGGUGCGACGCCGUGUUCCACGCCGCCGCGGCCGUCGAGGCGUGGCUCCCUGACCCCUCUGUCUUCUACACCGUAAAUGUUGGGGGACUUGAGAAUGUAUUAAAGGCUGCCAAGAGAACGCCGGAAUUGAAGAAGAUAGUGUACACAUCGUCAUACUUCGCAAUUGGCCCAACGGAUGGUUGUGUCGCCAAUGAGAAUCAGAUCCAUCAAGGGGAAUCAUUUUGCACAGAGUAUGAGAAAUCAAAGUUUCUAGCAGAUAGAAUUGCACUGCAAGCAGCAGCAGAGGGGGUUCCAAUCACCAUAGUCUACCCAGGCAUUAUGUAUGGCCCUGGAACGCUUACAUCUGGAAAUCUUGUUUGCCGCGUUUUAGUCGAAAGGUUCAAUGGGCGUCUACCUGGUUACAUAGGGCAUGGGUAUGACCGGGGAUCGUUCAGCCAUGUCGAUGAUGUCGUCAAAGGGCACAUAGCAGCCAUGGAGAAGGGCAGAGUGGGCGAAAGAUAUCUGCUCACUGGAGAGAACGCGUCAUUCGUGCAGAUUUUCAACAUGGCUGCGAAUCUUACGAACACAAAGCCACCCAAAUUCCACAUACCUCUAUGGUUACUUGCCAUCUACGGGUGGAUUUCAGUUUUUGUUGCUCGCAUCACCGGAAAACCCCCACUUAUCAGUUAUCCUGGAGUGGAGUGUCUCAGACAUCAGUGGGCUUACUCAUGUGACAAGGCCAAGAGGGAGCUGGGCUAUAGUCCACGAAGCUUAACUGAAGGCCUAGCAGAGACGCUCUUGUGGCUGAAGAAUGAAAAUUUGAUCAAGUUUUAG